UUUCGCUCGCUGAUUCAUCGUUUUCAUCGUGUAUGUGCAGGCGUACGCCAGGAGUUGCAAUCAUAUUGCAACCAUUUUGCAAUCCUUGCGAUACCGCAGUUGCGGUUGGAGCGUCGGUGUGUAGCGGCUGCACGGUGUUCCAGUACAUGUGCGGCGGAAAUGUGUGGAUGUGCUGCCUGCUUUUUGUCGACAUGGAUACGAUCACCUGAACAUCAGUCUUGAGCUACAAUCCUUGUUUGAUCGUAUGCAUAUGUUCUGCCUCAUCCUCAUCAGCUCUCUUGGACUGGCGGGCUCCUGGACAUUUUCGCACCGGCUUUCAUGGCUCACGUUUGAGCAAACGUCCCAUUUUCGUACACUGAAGACAACGCACUACGGACCCCUUCUCAUUGCUGACUAGCUGAUGACAUGGAACCUCCAUCUACUCGGGUCCCUGGCAUGGAAAGUGCAAUCCAUACCCUGGAUUCUGCGCGACUGUUGCUCGUGGUAGAAAGGUUGCGUGACCAACUUAAAUCCGGUGGCGUGGACCUUCAAGAGCCCUGCAGUGACGUCCCUGGAAAGACGAAGUGCUGGUUGAGGCUACACUUGCCUGUUCUGAACGAAGUCCUCUGGAAAGUCUCCAUGCAGGUCGUGGAACAUGCACCCGGCGCGUUGACACUUUCCCACGUUGAACGCACCGAUAUCUACACGGAGCGUACGGGCACAUCCUUCAUGAACGGCGCCAUCCUGUUGUGCAGUUUGGUGGAGCGUCACAUGUGCAUCAAGCGACUUCUUCUGAACGCCAUGGCUUUUCCGCUGUGGUACUUUCCUUCAAUGCUCGGCAGCGCACUGCGUGCCAACCGAAGUAUCCUAGAGGUUGAAGAAGACCCAGUCGACAUGGUGAGGUCAGGGCACGAAAUGCGCCAAUGCAGGGCUCUGUCCUGCGCUCUUGGCAAUCUGGCGUCUAGGCUAAAAUACUUGAGUAUCACGUCGCUGAAGCUUGACCGCAUCUCAGCAGAGGACAUCGCCAUAGGAAUUACGAAGAGCAAACUGAGGCGCCUACAUCUCUGCAACGAAAUGUCGGCAAGUAUGACACGGAAACUGUUGUCCGCCGUCAGCUCCUGUCAAAGCCUCACCUCUCUCGAGUUUGCCGGUUUUAGGCAGUUCUCACGGUCCAGCGCGAUCGCGCUUGCGAGUGCACUGAAGUUGAACAAGACGCUACGGAAACUGAGGGUGCGCUACUUGGCAGAUGAUGUGCCCGGUAUCAUCCUCGCAUCGCUCAAGAGCAACGAAGUACUAGAAGAGUUGUCACUCGACUAUUCGGUCGACCACUCACGUUCAACGCUGUGGGACGGUCUUCAAGCACUGCGUGAGAACAGGGUGCUGAAACGCCUCGAAAUAACGUACGCCUACUUUACGAGCAGCUGCGCAAUAGUUCUAGCUGAAGUUCUGCGUCAAAACAAUGUAAUCGAAGAGAUCUCGCUGUCAACGAAUUUCAUCAGGGAUGUUGGGGCACGAGCGUUGGCUCAGACCCUUCAGGAGAGUUCUUCUUUAAAGCAUCUUGACGUCUCCAAGUGCCGACUGACCUGCAACGUCGUCUCGAAGUUUGUAGAAGCGGUUUCUCGAAAUAGCGCAAUCGAGUGCGUGCGCCUCGGACAUGUCGACAUUCCCGAAGACUGGGCACCAACGUUGCCUGUCACAGAAGAUGUGUCCUCUCGCUUGCAGGUCUCCUGGAACACCCGAGCGCUUGAGCAGUGGGCGGCGUGUGGGGCUUUCCGCUUCCCCAGAGCGUGUCUUCGCUGGUCGAAAGAUGCUAAUUGCUGUGGCAUUGUGCAGUGGCUUGCCGCGGCUCGAGUGAAUAGUGCAUUGCUUGUGGAACUGGUCAUAGAAUGUCCUUUCCGUGUGGAUGCCGAAAGCACCGAUGCGGUCGUCUCUUUUAUAAAAACAACACCUUCCCUCAAAAAGCUUAUCAUGCGUCCCUCCAAGGAUAACUAUAUCUUUUCAACUGCGAUUUUAAACAGUCUAGCGCGCAAUAAGAGUGUCUGUGAGGCCGAAUUUCACCAGACUCUCCGCGCCCACCUGGACGUCAAGGCUCUUGAAGCGCUGCUGCUCGCCAACCGAACCUUACAUCGUCUCAAAUUCAGGUACGAUAGUCUUCCCAGCAAGGCUCCCGCUAUGUUGGCCCGUGCUCUGGGUGAUAACUUCGUGUUCCUGACGCUGGAAUUCGAAGACCAGAAUGCGCAGAACGACAUGUACGGGGUAGUGAGCGCCCUCAACAGGAAUCGAUCUCUUCUGAACAGAGCAGUCGAAUGCGUUUUGGACGCUGCUAGGGACGAGCACUCGACACGAGCCCUUCGUCUUCUCUCUACCACCGACUCGCUUCUGGACGCUGUCAGCAUGGCUUCGGGAAAGGUGCGUGAUGAGUGCCGAUGUUUGGUGCUCGAGGCAGUGCGUAGCCUUGAGUGUCAACGUUUGGAAGAUAUAGUCAGCACAGAGAAGAUGAAACUGUGCGAGAGGACACAACAAUAAUAGAUUCAAGAAUAGUCUUAUUAGAGAAAUGACUGUGAUAAUGAAGGCUAGCUAGGAAUCAAGGUAUAUUUUUGCAGUGCGUGUUCACAGAGACAGAUGGUGACUCCGCAGGCAAGGCGCGGGGUUCCAGUGAGCAUUCUUUAUUUAUAUGUAAAACGCGACCUAGUUGCAUUUUUCAGGCCACUGAGUAAGCCAUGCAUAAAAAAGCGCGAGGUGCCUUGGAAGAAAUGUGGAACAAACACGAAUAUGUAAUAUACGCAGAUUAUGUACACAGCUAGCAAAAACGUCAUAGUUAUAAAACAUUAAAGCUUGAAACAAAACCACUACACCCUCACUGGUUCCCUUAGCGUGGUUAGACUGCACAGUUUAUCAAACUGUUUUAUUAUGAGCAACAGGGGCGU